AUGCGCGCACACGCGCGAGAGAUUUUUGAUGUGGCGGUCAAAGCAGUUGAUGCCGAGCAGUGUGUACGACAAUUUGUAUCGCUGGAUGGCGAUAUUUUGCGCGUGGGCGAUCAAAAUUAUGAUUUAAGUGUUUACCACCGCAUUCUGGUCGUGGGCACGGGCAAAGCCUCGCCACAGAUGGGCGUUGCCCUGGAAGAUGUAUUAGGCGAUCACAUUUCUGGUGGGUCUAUGAAUACAAAAUACGACCAUGCAUUGCCCUUAAAACAUAUCGACAUAGUGGAAUGCGGCCAUCCCGUGCCAGACGAAUCGGGGGUUGAAGGCGUUGGGCGCAUAAUGCGUCUGCUGAAAGAAGCGGAUGAAAACACGCUGGUCAUUUGUUUGAUUUCCGGUGGCGGCUCGGCACUCGCACCCGCACCCGCUGAAGGAUUGACACUCGCGGACAAGCAAAAAACGACGAGUUUGUUAUUGGCCUGUGGUGCAAAUAUUGUGGAACUCAACGCCAUUCGCAAACAUCUGUCGCGCUUAAAAGGAGGCGGCCUGGCGCGUGCGGCUUUUCCAGCAACAGUCGUCGCACUGAUGUUGUCAGAUGUGAUUGGCGAUCCCAUGGAUGUCAUUGCAUCUGGCCCCACAGUGCCGGAUACCGCGACAUUUAAGACGUGUAUGGAUAUUCUGGACAAAUACGAAUUGGUCGAUAAAAUACCCGAAAGUGUUCGAUUGCGACUAAACGCCGGUUUAGCCGGGGAUAUUGAAGAUACGCCCAAGCCCGGCGAUACGGCACUGUCCAAAGUUCAAAAUCUCGUCGUGGGCAGCAAUGGUCUGGCAGUGACGGCGGCAAAUAACAAAGCUAUGGCAUUGGGGUAUAAUACACUGGUAUUAUCCACGCGCAUCGAGGGCGAGGCGAGAGAAGUCGCUUAUGUAUAUGCGGGUAUUGCAAAAGAAAUUGUGACAUCUGGACAGCCCCUUGCUGCACCGGCCUGCGUGAUUGCCGGCGGAGAAACAACCGUGCUGGUGCGCGGAGAUGGCAAGGGCGGGCGCAAUCAAGAGAUACCGCUAUCGGGCGCAAUUCAAUUGGCAGGGUGGGACAAUGUCGUGCUAUUUAGUGGAGGCACAGACGGCACCGAUGGACCAACCGAUGCCGCGGGCGCCGUAGCCGAUGGACAAACCAUAGCGCGAGCAGAAGCGCUGGGACUCUCCGCGAUUGCGCAUUUAAAAAACAAUGAUGCCUACAACUUUUUUAAGCCAUUGGAUGACCUGAUCAUCACCGGAGCAACCGGCACCAAUGUGGCGGAUGUCGCGCUGGUAAUGGUCGGGAACGCAUAA